CUUUGCUCACGUGAUUCUGAGCGAAACAGUCAAAACAAACAAAAUGGCGAUCCCAGGAGCUGUUGUCGCUGCUGGGUGGAUACCUUUCAUGGUUGUUAUAGUUCUGACAUUGCUGUUUUCCGGGUUCUAUGUGCGCUAUUAUAUGAGCAAAUAUGACAGUGAAGUGUCCACAACAAUCACAGCCAUCAUAGCCCUGACUAUAACCUUGCUGACCUCUGCUCUGGUGCCAGUGGAUAUUUUCUUGGUCUCGUACAUGAAAGAUUCUGAUGGCAUGUUCAAGGACUGGGCCAACAGUUCUUCGGUGAGAGAUGAAACUGAAGAUACAGUGCUAAUUGCUUACUAUGUGCUGUAUGGCCUUGUGGCGUUUUGCCUGUUCCUGUUGCUGCCCUUCAUGUACUUUUUCUUUGAAGAAAAGGAGGAAAACUCAACAUGCAAAUCGAGAUGCUGUUCGGCCUUGAAGUAUUGCAUUGUCUGUGUUCUCAUUGCUGCUACUCUCUUUUUGAUCGGAGCAUUUGUGCCAAGCAAAUCUUCACCCAACUCCAACAGCACAGAAUGGAGGAAGAUACAGGCUUUGUUUGAAGACAUGACCAGUAACGGAAUCGAGGACUCGUUGUCGUUUGUGAUGAGUGUCUUCAGUCUGGUGGGCAUGCUGGGAAUUUUGUUCUACACUGCCUAUGGCAUGUCUGCAAUGCCGAUGGACUUGAUCAAGGGAAAGAGAAGUGUGAAGAAAGAACGCAUGCAGACACAAGCACAGCGGGAGGAGAGACAGAGGAAGCGAGAGGAACGCAGGGAAAGAUACCGCAACCCAUCUAAAUUCAGCCGAAGGACGCGGGAGCGAGACCAGACAACGGCAGAAGAAGACUCACUUCUCAGUCGCAGAGAGCGCCACCUGGUUGCUGCAGAGAAGAGCUGGCUGCGAAAGUGCCGAAUUGUUUUCCGCCCGUUUGAAAUCAUCCUCGGAAUUAUUUUCUUCCUGGUGGCAAUGCUUGUGUUCAUCUCCCUUCUGCUGACAAACAUUGACAAGGCCAUGCACAGCCUGGGCUACAAAAGCGGCUACGCCUUGCCCGAGAGACACCUCCCCAACCCAGUGGACAUCGUGCUUGUGUUUUGUCAAAAGGCAUUUCCCUUGGACUACAUCCUGAUGGUGGGGAUUAUCGCGUACUUUGUGCUGUGCUCCAUGUCUGGGAUCAAGAACAUUGGAGUUUGGUUCUUCUGGAUACAGAUGUACAAGAUUCGUCCAAGACGGACCAGCCCCCAGGGCCUGCUCAUGUUCUGUAUGAUCCUCAUGUUCAUUGUUAUGGCCAUCAACGUGCUGCUGUAUGAACUCACACCGCAGUACUCGUCUUUUGGCAGUGAGCACUACGCGAAUGUCACAUUUGUGGGGAACGGAACGAUUCACACGACUGUGAAACAGUGCACUACGGAAGUUUCAGAAGAUUUCUGUGUGGUAACGCGUAUGACACUGUUACUUGUCCGAUUCUUCUACAAGAUGUGGGUGUUUGGUGCUGCCUACUACUGGCUCACCUGGGUGUUCCUGGGGACUGUCCUCAUCAGUUUCCUUGUUGCUGUCAUCAAAAAGCGGCGUUCUGUCAUCAGUGGAGAAGUUGAUGAUGAUGAUUUUGAAGAGAGUGAUGAUGAAAUGAUCAGAGCUUGAAACUGAAAGUGCUGAGCUGGACAUUUAGAAGAAUUUUGGAAUCUGGAGAAAUUGUGGGAAUAUCUAUUUUGUUUUGUAUAACAAGGAAAAGCGACUGUUGUAAGCUUUGCAUUGACUUCGUCCAGAUAGGCUUUUUUAAGAAUAAAAAAAAAAAAUGCAACAUCAUAUUCUUAAUUGUUGAUGGCUGAAUUACCCAUUUAUUUUUGUUGGUAUUCUGUUCAAAAGGGUUAAUGGAUACUUUGUCCUUUUGACAGAUAAUUAUAUAAAAUGUGACGUGAAGAGACUGAUUUUGUGCACAAAAUGGAUUUAUAUUUCAAUUAGAUAUCUUGAUGCCUUCAUUUUUCUUAAAGAUGUUACACCAUCUGAUGUUAUAUUUAGCGAAGCUUUACGGUGUGAGCAAUGAGAAAUCCUUUGAAUACGUAAGACAUCAUUUUUGCUUUGAAUUCCUAAUCCUAUUCUUGUCUCUUGCGCUUUUGGUUUGAAUUUUUCCUGAGUGUCUUUCAAACACCACUUUCCUGCCUAUAGCUAUUUGUCAGUGCAACGUCCCUUCUGAUGACUUAUAUAGAAACUGUUAUAGAAACAUCAGCUUGUUGAUUUCCAUGGUGAAUGUCUGCUACUGAAAUCAUGACAGUUUGUCCUUGAUCUGUUGAUAUAAACUGGAUUUAUCCUUUUUUUCUUUUUUUAUGUUUCUUUUUCUUUACAGUACUACUUUUUAAAAUGAACUCUGCUCACUAGUUAUUCAUGUGAUAAUAGAUGAUAAAUUGGCAUCGGUUUUUAAUUUGCAUCCUAUCUUUCUUAUGAUAGUGAGCAUCUGUAUAUUGAAUAUUUGGUGCUGGUUUGUAAUAGUUCAUGCCGGAGUGUAUAGAAAUAUUCAAUACGUGAUGUCAUCAUGAAGCUGUUGUUUUGGAAUAUUUUUUGUAUUUAUUAAUUUGUCAGUAUUUUGUUUAGAUUAACAAUGGAAUUUCACUUGGCGAUUGGAGAAUAGAAUGUGUGACGGAAAGUAGGAACUGGGUGGGCCUACAUUGCAGUUGUAGAGAUUUUUUAGACGUAUGUGAACAUGCUAGAAUAAUGGUCUGAAUCAGACAUACGUCAAAUGAGCCUGACCCACCUUACCAUUCCUUGUGCGAUGACCUUCAACUUGCCUAGCAAUGCUUAAAAUUGCCUAAAUGUGUAAAUGAAUUUCUAAGUUAGAAAGAAGAUAUCAUAUGGCCUUGGUGGGAGGAAGAUUUAAAAUUCUAACCUUUAAGAAAAAAAAAUCUAUUUGCCCUAAAUUACAAUAACUGACAGUCCAAUGUCAUAGAAAAUUUAACAGUGGCUGCUAUUAAUAUGUGUUACCGUACUUCUUUUGUAUAAAGUGUAAGUUUUUAUAGCUGUAAAAAUGUCACGGGAGUUGUAAAGACAAUGCUUGUAUAUUUACUGCUUCUUUUUUUGCUAUUUUUCAUCUUUUUACUGGGUGAUCAAUUGCACAAAUCUUGAUCAGUAUGUUUUUUAAGAACCAAUUAUUAACACAACAAUGUUGUUUUUUUUUGGUCAUUGUUUAUAGUUUUAAUUUUAGUUCUUGGAUUAUGGUUCUGUCAAGACAACAGCCAAAAUUGUCUAAGUCAGCUACCUGUUCUUGAAGAGAAAAGCUAUUGUCUUAGCUUGGCGUCUUGGACAGUGUCACUAUUCUCUAAUGUAUAGGAAAAAAA